UAGCUUCAUAACAAAGCCAAAGACUACGAUCAACUCAAGUCAAUGCAGUGCUGAUUAUAUUUUCCACAUCACAACUCUCCCCAAAACACCACCUCUGCUGAUUCUUAAACCAAAAAAGUGUUCCCGAAAAACCAGACAUAGAUACAUACAUAUAUGUUAUAUCUUUCUGUUUCUUCUUCUUCUUCUUGAGGUUCUCUGUUUUCUAUUUUCUUUUGCUGAGUAGAAGUUGAAGUUAACGAGCAGGACAAUAAUAAUGGGGUCAAUGCCGGUGGGAUACAGAUUCCACCCAACCGAUGAAGAACUCGUCAACCACUACCUGAAGCUCAAAAUGCUCGGCAAGGAUUCCCUGGUUCGCGACAUCGCUGAAGUUGAUAUCUGCAAGUGGGAGCCUUGGGACUUGCCUGGGAAGUCGGCGAUUAAGUCAGAUGACCUUGAAUGGUUCUUCUUCUGUCCCCGGGAUUUCAACGGUAGCCGGACGAACAGGGCGACUGAGACCGGCUACUGGAAAGUCACCGGUAGGGAUCGGAAGGUCAGGGCUAGAGGCACCAACAACGUGAUUGCUACAAAGAAGACUCUGGUCUUCUAUAAAGGUCGUGUUCCUAAGGGGGUUAGGACCCAUUGGGUCAUUCACGAAUAUCACCCAGCUGCCGCACCUCAUGUAUAUAAAAACUUUGUCCUCUGUCGCUUAAAGAAAAAAAUAGAUGAGAAGACUAAUGUGUCAACCUGUGAUGAAGGUGAGGCAAGCAGCUAUACUGCCUCUGAUUUUGAAAUUCCGGUUCUAGAUGAUACAAAUCAAGAGGUAUAUAUUCAGCCAGAACCAAACCUGGUAUCAUUCUUUGGGGCGACCUUUCAGCCACAUGAUUUUGAAUUAUCUUCCUCGUUGCAAUUGCAAGAAUACGAUCCUCAGGGGCUCUCUUUCUUGGGUCCCGCAGUUUCCAAUAGCCAUAAUGAUGAACACAAUAGGAGGCUAUGUUUUCAGUCUGGCGCUAAUGAAGAGGAAGAUGAUGAGUUCGUGAAUUCACUUCUUGUUGCUCAGGAUGAAUACUCCUAUGACGAAGUUAUUCACCAGGGCAACUCCAGGGCACCGGAGCCAUUGAGAAAGGUGUACUUUGCCGAUGGUGGAUUGAGCAGUGACACAGACACUGACACAGCUCAAACACGGUUUGAAACUUUUCCGCGAACUUCGAUCUUGUCUAAUAAGCAUGUCGGUCCAAAACAACAAGUGCAAACGCAUACGGUUAAAACACCAUUUGGAAGUGUAUCCUCUUCCUCUCAAAACCAUGCCCAGCACAGAGAAGGAAGAAAUGGUUUCCUUCAUAAUGAUUCCUUGAGACUUGAUGCUACAUCUGAUAAGAGCAUCUGUUGCAUUACACGUGUCGGAUCAGAAUCUCCUCCAAAACCUCAACAUCCACGAAGAUCCCGCCACUUUGUAGGACAGAGAGCUGCUCAGGGAAGAAGCCAAUCACAGAGAAACAGUUUGUGCAAAGCAGAAUCGGAAGACAAGGCCAAAGUUGCUUCAAGAGAUGGCACCAUUGUCGAUCCGACUCAGAAGGAAAAGUCCAUUACAGACUCCAACAAAGGGCUGAAAAUGGCUCGACGCACCAAUGCGGAUAAGAGUUCGAAGUCAACAUCAAGUGACUCAGUUGGCUGCGAUCGAAAGGGCUAUUUCACUUUCCAAGAGACAUCUCUACCAUGCCAUGAUUCUAGUCCACCCUCCGUGUAUUUUUUAAAUGCAAUAGUAGGUAUAGUUUUGUUCGUGUUCGUUAUUCGGGAACUGGUGUUAUAUGGGAACUGGUGCUAAACUUCACCUAAAAGUUUUUUCUGCGCAUUUCACCUGAGAAAUGCUACUCUUACCAGGUAUGUUUUCAACAUUUCAUCACAAGAAACACGGUACCUAGAUGGGCAGAGUCCAGUAGCAUGUGUUGUGUUGUGUUGUGAUGAAACAUCUAUACCUGGUGUAACUAGUGUUUCACUUGUCAUUAGUCAGUUAUGUACUUAUGUUGUCACUGAAGAUUUGGGAAUGCUUUGAAUCUCAAUGCUGAAAGGAAAAUUUUAUGUAUGGUUUU